AUGGAUGCAGAGAUCAGCAGCAUGUCGGAGGAGGAAUUGGAGGAGUUGCGCAAGAUAAUUUUCUUCAUGACGCUGAGGGCGGAUUCAGAGAACGAGGUACACGAGUCCAACCAAGAUGGCGCCAGUGAACACGUGCAGCCCGACAACGACGUUUCAAUGCAAGACGAGAACGGCAUACAGGACAUGACGCGAGACGAGGUUGCCAUGCGAGAGAGCAGCGACAACCGCGACGCCAUCAAAGAAUUCUUGGAGCCAAAGACGAGGCUUCAACCAGACAAGGCAUCCGAGACUGACGCGUCCCACAUCGUCGUGGAAAACCCAAGCGAUAACUUGAAGAAGACACGCGAACAGGUCUUUGAUAACCUCAUGCUCUAUCAUUCGAACCAUGCACGAUACGCGGCCUUCAAAUCUUAUUGCAGGGAUCUUUCUGACGAGGAAGCAUUUGACUUGCUUUUGGAGUGGAAGGAUAGAGACAUGAGCCAGGAAAAGCGUGGCGCCAUGUUUUAUCUCCUUCUUGAUUUCAUUGACCCUCCUCAAUUUGGGAAUAAUGAUGAUGAAGAGGGUUAG